AAGAAUAGCGUAACUUGGUAAACAAACACCAUUCUUCAUCCCAAAAACAAAGAAAAGGUUUCCAGAGUUUCAUACCCUUCACUCUUCGCUACUACUGUAACUACUCUCUCCAUUUUCUCGAUCGUUCGCUGGCAAGAGACUGUUCUUGUUUUCUCUCACUAUUCUUACAUUACUCAUGGUUUUGCUGCUUUGAUUUCUCAUGGUUUCUCAGAGGGCGAUGAAAAUCAUGUUUCAAUUUUAUUGUCAUCUCCGUAUGCAAUGAUUGAUCAUUGGAAGGCAAUUAUAGGAUAUUCACGAUCUAUGAUCUAGAGCUUAGCUAAGAUCAUAAGAUGAAAACGAGAAGGAAGUGUAGGCUUUGGUGGCCAAAACAGCUCUUAUCAACUGAACUGUCAUCCUCCACAAUUCUAUUUGGAUGGUUUGUAUCGUCCUCGCCGGCUUAUCUUGACAUCGUAGUGGCUUUUGCAUGUGAUGAGCUUUCACUUUCUGCUUCCAAACCUGGUCUACAGGGGAUCCUUCGUAAAACAAAUGGAAACCUGCCAGUACUUUUACAAGAUAAAUGUAUGCUCUCUGUUCUAGGUCAUUGUGCUUUAGAUUGCUGCAGCAAUGGUCAACUGCUACGGGGAGUGGAAGAAGAUAAUCAAAUUAAAUCGAGCCAUGGUAGCAUAUGUCGAUGCAGCAGUCAAGAUGUGCUUGGAGAAAAUUAUGAAAGAUUGAACUGUGGAUGCCACAAACUUGAUGGAGUAUUAGAACAAUGCAGGCUUUCGUGCAUUGAAAAUAAUAAUUGGAUCCAGCUUGUAUACGAUUCUCAUAAAUACACUAGUAGAAAAAUUGAGUGGAUUCCUGAAUUGCAUCACAUACACUGGAACCAGCAAACAGUUUCACACUUUGAUCUCCAUGUAGUGUUCUAUGAUUCUCCUAAAUUUGGUGCUCACCAUUUCUCGUUGGGUUUUUGGAGUUCUUCUGAACAACUGAAAACUCCUCCCAGGAGACCUAAAUGGGUUGAAGGACUUGACCAAAAGCAGCCAUUCCUUGACUUGGAUACUGUCAUAUUGGCAAUAAACAGUGCCACUGCUGCCAAGUUAUUCUAUGAGAAACAUGUUGGCCCUAAAAGAUCUACUGCUCACUUUGCCAUUGUUUGCACGUUUUUUACCUUCACAUGGCAACUGUUGGCUGUGUCCAUGGCUUCAUUUUCCACUAUGUUCUAUAUUGUUCUUCAGUUCCUCCAUGUCUUAUUUAGUUAUGGAUCACAAUCUUGGAUAUACGUCACACUACAAAAACUAUUCAGCAAUACAUGGAAAAAUAUUCAAAUCCGUUGUUGUCAGAUCUUUUAUUGGCCAAUCUUUCUUCAUGAUAAUGGUCUCAGGUCUCGAUCAUGCGUUGAAUAUGCGGAGAAAGCGGCAUUACUUAAGCAUUCUAUGUGGUCAAGUCUAGCUGUUGAUGUUCUUUUGGGAAACUUGCUUGGUCUAGUAUUGCUGAUUCAUGCACAAUCUGCUUGCCUAUGGAUUUCUUACUUUGCCAAUGACAUCAUGAACUAUUGGUUGCGGACUGGUUGUGUGUGGUUGAUGGGAGUUCCAGCGGGUUUCAAGUUGAACACACAGUUGGCAGGAGUUCUUGGCAUGAUUUCUCUUAAUGCAAUCCAAAUUUGGUCAACGCUUUGGUUCUUUGUGGGGUUACUCUCCAUUUAUUUUAUUAAAGGACUUGCUGUGUCUGGGAUUCUUUUUGGGCUCACUACACCUGCUGCUUUGAUCAUAGAUAUUAUUUCUCUAGCAACAUUACAUGUGUCAGCUCUUCAUUGGUCAAUCUCACUACUCUAUUCAAAGCAGAUACAAGCAAUAGCAGCUUUAUGGCGCCUUUUCAGGGGCCGAAAGUGGAAUCCUCUUCGUCUAAGAUUUGAUAGCUAUGACUACACCGUGGAGCAACACAUUGUUGGAUCUCUUCUGUUUACGCCACUAUUACUUCUUCUACCAACCACUUCUGUUUUCUAUAUUUUCUUCACCAUUAUUAGCACAACCAUUAGCUUCAUCAGCAUAAUAAUUGAGGUCACCAUAUCUGUCAUUCAUGCUACACCUUACACCAAAAUUUUCCUUUGGUUGGUGAGGUCGAGAAGAUUUCCUUCUGGGAUAUGGAUUGAAGUUAUAUCUUGUCAGAGUAACACAAGUAAUUCUCCAGAGAUUGGAUGUCUUACUGAUGGCUUGCCAUCUGAGGAGUCACAGCAAACAAUGGAUUUCAGCAGCAGUAGAUCCACUGUUUUGGUUUCAUUUCUUCACAGCAACUUUUUGAACAUACGACAAAUAGUCUUGCCGCACUAUGGACUUGCUUUUUCUGCGGUUUCUAGGUCAUUUGUUGCUUCAUCGGCUUAUGGAGUUCUCACUGGAAGAAGUAUUCCAUCUACUUUGGGGACUCGUCUGCCUUCGAUUAUGCCAUGGAUAUUCAUCCCCUACAAAGAGUAUUGGUGCCUUUGCCGUGAUGCAAUUCUGACAUGCAAGGCAGAUAACGACUAUUUUGUAUUUGGAUGAUCCAACACACUUAAUCUGACCAAGUUUGAUUCAUUCUUUCUUCCCGAGUAACCAAUUCUUUGCUGCUUGAUUUGUAAAUUCCUCUCAUUGUUUCCACUGAGAUUCGUGUUAUUCACCACAACUUCAUGUUGUGCUAGCCAUCAUUGGUUCAAUUUUGUAAGAUUUUGUUCUAUGCAUGAAAUUUCAGACAAUUCUUCUUUCUCCAUAUAGGCUGUCUAAUUGUACAAUUUUCCAUAUUUAAAAUGCAAUUGUUCCUCUUAGCAUA